AUGUCGUCCAGCAGUCGAGUGGCCCUGGUAACUGGAGGUAACAAAGGCAUCGGCUUCGCGAUCACUCGUGACCUGUGUCGCAAAUUCUCCGGGGACGUGGUGCUCACGGCUAGGGAUGAGGCACGGGGCCGCACGGCGGUGCAGCAGCUGCAGGCAGAGGGCCUGAGCCCACGCUUCCACCAGCUGGACAUCGAUGACCCUCAGAGCAUUCGCACACUGUGCGACUUUCUGAUCAAGGAAUACGGAGGACUGGACGUGCUGGUCAACAACGCGGGCAUUGCCUUCAAGG